AUGGAGGGGGGAGAUGGAGUGUCGUUCCCUAGAGUGGAGGUGCGCUUUGAGGGGGUGAGCGCGUCUGCCAAGGUGCAAGUGGGGGCGAGGGGCCUACCCACGCUCUUCAACCAGCUCGCCAACUCCACCGGGGUAGUGCUGAGGGAGCUGCGGCUACUCAAGGACCAUCGCCGCCUCUUCCUCGCUCUUGACGGUUGCUCUGGCAUCAUCAAGCCUGGCAGGAUGACGCUACUGCUGGGGCUGCCAGGCAACGGCAAGUCAACGCUGCUGAAGAUCCUGGCAAGGAAGGAGGAGAGGGAGCUGGGCGUGCAGGGCGAGGUGACGUACAACGGCCGCCCAAGGAGCCAGUUUGUGCUGCCGCGCUCCAUGGCGUUUGUGCCUCAGACGGACACCCGCAUUGGCGAGAUGACUGUCCGGAAAACCCUCCAGUUCUCUGCUCGCCUGCAGGGGCCCGGCCACCAGUCAGGUGAGUUCUUGAGGAUGGCUAUAGAGCAGGUGAGUUCUUGA